AUGGGCCGAGAUUACUGGGGACAAUUCCUCAAAGACAGUGAAAAAGUGGUGAGAGAUACAAAUGAUAUUAUCAGAAAAAACUACGAAACAAUUGUUGAAAAUUUUGGAGAUGAGACCCGAAGAAUGAUAAAACGAAUUGAUUGUUUGAAUAAACUGAUAGAUAUGGAGCUUCAACUGAAAACUGAAUCAACCGAAAGUUCAAUUCCAGAUGAGAAAAAGAAACAGUUUUUAGAGAUAAUGGAGACGGUUCAUCGGAUUGUUGACAGCCUUCAAAAUAUCAAUGCAUUAUGUAAUCCGCUGAUCGGAGAACAACCUCAUGUGAAUCCCGGAGCACAUGAAUCAGAUAUUUCUCGUUUGGAAACUGAUCGAGAAAAUCUUCGUAACCAGAUAAUUUGUUUUCGUCAAACAGUCGUUGGUAGCGAGAAUGUGUUUGCUCCACAACUAGUUCUGAUUCCGUAUUCAGCUCUGGUUCUGCCAGCUGGUUUUGGAUUGGUAUUCCUGCUCCUGAUUAAUAAAUGGGAUCAAAAAUUUGUGCAACCUGGUCUAUGUCUGAUUGCAACUCACGGUCUAUUGUCAACGUUAACAACUCUACUCGUACAUAAACCUUACAGAUUAUUCUUCUUCACACUGUGUCGUCGGUUUAUUUUCUUGCCAGCUGGAUUAAAAGUGCACACAAUCGAUGAACUCACUACACUGCCUAAUGUUCGUAAACUCGGAACUCAAAUUCAUAUAACCAAGUUUUGA